GGCGGGCUCUGGCGGCCGAGUGUCACACACGCGGCGGCUCGGGAGGCGGCGGCAGAGGCAGCGGCAGCGGUAGCGGCAGGCGCCGCCGGGACGGGCAGGGGCGCGCGGGCUCCGCCGGGCGGGCGCGGGCCUCCUCCCUCCGUCGCUCGCUUGCUCUCCGACCCGCGGAGGGGCCGGGCUUGCCCCGGCGUACUGGAGAAGCCCGCAGGCAGCCGCGGCUGGCACGGGGCAGGGGCGCGCUCCGCGGGGGGGCGCGCUCGGUGCGGGCGUGAGCGGCGGGGGGCGCCCGGCCUUCCGCUCUUCGAGGCGGGGGGCCCUAUGAGACGCGCCCGUGAGGGGCGCGAGAUCCGAAGCUCGGGCGGCGCGCGGCGCGGGCGGAGGGCUGUGCGGCGGCAGCAGCGGCCGGAGCCGGGCGGCGGCCCGCAGGAGGCGGCGGCUGCGAGAACUUGAACUUGGCGACGGGGACCCCGCACGCCCCCCACCGGGGCCGGGGCGUUGCGGGACUGGGCGGCAGCGCUGCCCCCCGAAUGGCUGCGGCGGCGGACGGGGCUGGCGCGCCGCGGCCCUAGGCGGCCUCUCGCCAUGGCCAAGUGGCUGAACAAGUACUUCAGCUUGGGCAACAGCAAGACCAAGAGUCCGCCGCAGCCGCCGAGGCCCGACUACCGCGAGCAGCGGCGCCGGGGCGAGCGGCGCGAGCAGCCCCCGCAGGCCGUGCCGCAGGCCUGCUCGGCUUCCUCGGCGUCCUGCGGGUCGGCCGCCGCCUGCUUCUCGGCCUCGUCGGGCUCUCUGCCCGACGACAGCGGCAGCACGAGUGACCUCAUCCGCGCCUACCGCGCGCAGAAGGAGCGCGACUUCGAGGACCCGUACAACGGGCCGGGCUCGUCGCUGCGCAAACUGCGCGCCAUGUGCCGCCUGGACUACUGCGGCGGCGGCGGCGGGGAGCCCGGCGGGAGCCAGCGCGCCUUCUCGGCGGCGGCGGGCGCUGCGGGUUGCUGUUGCGCGGCGUCGGGGCCGGGCGCCGCCGCCUCCUCGUCCUCGUCCUCCGGCUCCCCGCACCUCUACCGCAGCAGCAGCGAGCGGCGGUCCGCCACGCCAGCCGAGGUGCGCUACAUCUCCCCUAAGCACCGGCUCAUCAAAGUGGAGAGCGCGGGUGCUGCGGGGGAUCCCCCGGGAGGCGUGUGCUCCGGCGGCCGCACCUGGAGCCCGACGACCUGCGGAGGCAAAAAGCUGCUCAACAAGUGCGCCGCCGAGGAGACCGGAGCCGGCCAGAAAGACAAGGUGACCAUCGCUGAUGACUACUCAGAUCCUUUUGAUGCCAAGAAUGACCUCAAGAGCAAAACCGGAAAGGGGGAAAGCGCUGGCUACAUGGAGCCCUAUGAAGCGCAGAGGAUCAUGACGGAAUUCCAGAGGCAGGAGAGUGUCCGGUCCCAACACAAAGGCAUCCAGUUAUAUGACACCCCUUAUGAACCCGAAGGCCAGAACGUGGACUCAGACUCGGAGAGCACUGUGAGCCUUCGGCUGCGGGAGAGCAAGCUACCCCAGGAUGAUGACAGGCCCGCCGAUGAGUACGACCAGCCUUGGGAAUGGAACCGGGUCACCAUCCCCGCCCUGGCAGCCCAGUUCAACGGCAGCGAGAAGCGGCAGUCUUCCCCGUCACCUUCUCGGGACCGACGGCGCCAGCUCCGUGCUCCUGGAGGAGGAUUCAAGCCCAUCAAACAUGGGAGCCCUGAGUUCUGUGGGAUCCUGGGAGAGAGAGUGGACCCCACUAUCCCACUGGAGAAACAAAUAUGGUAUCAUGGCGCCAUCAGCAGAAGUGAUGCUGAGAACCUGCUGCGACUCUGUAAGGAGUGUAGCUACCUUGUCCGGAACAGCCAGACCAGCAAGCACGACUACUCCCUCUCCCUGAAGAGCAACCAGGGCUUUAUGCACAUGAAACUGGCCAAGACCAAAGAGAAGUAUGUUCUGGGUCAGAACAGCCCCCCUUUUGACAGUGUCCCGGAAGUCAUCCACUACUACACCACCAGGAAGCUACCCAUCAAAGGGGCGGAGCACUUGUCCCUCCUUUACCCAGUGGCUGUGCGGACUCUGUGAAAGGACCAGCCUCGCCCUGCUCUGUGACCAAGCCUGAUACCUGGAGGAGCCGGCAGGGCACCGGGCAGCUCUCUGUGUUGCCGGCGGUGCCCAGUGUGUGUCGUGUGUAUGGUACUAGCACACCACUGCAUGUCUUAGAAUGCUGUUGUCACUUACAGGGUUGGAGACGGCCUGGAUGAAGAGGGACAGCCUGCUGCCACACCACCCCAGCCCCUGCCCCACCCCCUCCUCAAGUUUCUGUGAAUUAAAAUAUUUGCAAUCCAAAGAGAUGCCUUCCAGGGUGAACAAAGAUGGAGCUGCCCCAGUGGUGGGUGGGGCCCAGCAGUGGGCGGGGCUCAGCCCUGGCCCGCAUCUCUUUGUUCUCCAGGUGUCCCGAACUCACCUGGCUAUGGAUGAGGUCUUCCCGUUGGUGCUGGGAGCCCAGGAGGCCCUGGGAGCCACCCCUCUGGUACAUGUGUGCGUCUCUGGGUAUGCAUAUGGAGUGUAAACACACAAGAGACCAUGUCAUAAACCAGAGGAAGCUCCAUCUACUUUUAGAUGUACACUCUGUAAUCGUUAGAUGUCAAGGAACCAUUGUGCAGUCGAAGAGGAUGCAAUUAUUUAUGAAUAGGGUGUGUAAAUAAAAUAGUCAUUUAAUAUA